AUGGCAUCAACUCCCAUCACUGCACAAAGUAGCCCUGUAGUGGGUCCUCUUCGCGAUUUGACAGAUGGAGCGGCGCCAAAAUCGUCGAAAUCUGAUUUUGCCUCGAAUGUCAGUCGUUUCUUCGAGUCGCGCAAAGUGAAAGUUGCGAAGCACCCUCCUCCUCCACCUGCUAGAAUCACUAAAGGUACCAUUGCUACUCCACUCAUGGGGAAAAAAUUUCCCUAA